AUGGCAAGGGAAAGGUACAAUUUCAAGAGAAGAAGAGAGGAAAUGGCGAGAGAAAGGAGGAAGAUAAGGGUUCUUGAGAUUUUGAUGUGUUUAAUGGAGUGUGAUGCUGAUUUUUCUUGGGUUAUGCGAAUGAAAGGAAGAAGGAAAUGGUUGUUGAUUUCCUUUGAGUUUAUUCGAUUUCAAUACAAUAGUCCAUCUUAUUCUCCAUCUCUUCAAUACAAAUCUCCAAAUUAUUCACCAUCUCCUGAAUACAAAUCUUCUGCAUAUUCCCCUUCUUUAGAAUACAAAUCAUUAAGCUAUACCCCAUCACAUGAAUACAUAUCUCCAACCUACUUACCAUCUCCUAAGUAUAAAUCUCCAAAAUACUCGGUACCUUCAGUUUACAAGACCUCAGACAACUCGAAAUCCUCAGUGGAUGAUUCCCAAUACUAUUCUCCUUCUCCAGCAUAUAAAUCUCCAGAAUACACACCAUCCCCUAAGGAUAAUUCACCAACAUACUCUCCAUCAUCAGAUUACAAGACUCCUGAUUACUCUUCCUCUCCUAUGUACAAGUCUCCAUACUAUUCUCCUUCUCCUGUGUACAAAUCACCAGAUUACUCACCAUCUUCUGAAUACAAGUCGCCUAUGUCUUCAAAUUACAAGACUCCCGACUACUCUCCAUCUUAUGUUUACAAAUCUCCAAACUAUUUUCCUUCUUCUAUGUACAAAUCACCCGUAUACUCGCACUCCGCUGAAUACAAGUCACCAACAUAUUCUCUAUCUUCAAAUUACGAAAAUCCUUACUACUCUUCCUCACUAAUGAAAAAGUCUCAAUAUUAUACUCCUUCUCAAGUAUACAACUCACCAGUAUAUUCACCAUCCCUUGAGUACAAGUCACCAACAUACUCUCCCUCUUCUGAUUACAAGACACUUUACUACUCUCCUUCUCCUGUUUACAAAUCUCCAUACUAUUCUCCUUCUUCCAUGUACAAGUCACCAGAAUACUCACCUUCCUUUGAAUACAAUUCACCAGCAUUUUCUCAAUCUUCUGAUUACAAAACUCCUUACUACUCAUCAUCACCUAUGAAAAAGUCUCCAUACUAUUCUCCAUCUCCAUUAUAUAAAUCACCAAUUUACUCUUCGUCUCUUAUAUACUCAACACCUGUUUACUCUCCAUCUACUAUAUACCCAACACCUGUUUACUCUCCAUCUUCCGUAUACAUGUCACCAUAUUAUUCUCCAUCUUCUGGAUAUAACACACCAUACAACUAUCCAUCACAAAUUUACAAGUCACCAAACUACUCCCCAUCACCCAUCUACAAAUUUCCUAACUACUCCCCAUCCCCAAUUAAUAAAUCUCCAGACUAUUCUUCGUCUCCGAUACACAGUUCUUCAUACUACACUCCUUCAUCAAGCUACAAAACUACAUACCACACUCCAUCUUCAGUAUAUAAAAGUCCAAAUUACUCACCAUCCCAAAUUUACAAAUCUCGAUACUACUCUGCAUCUCCAAUUUACAAGACUCCUUACCACUCCCAAUCACUAGCUUAUAACACUCUAUAUUACUCUCCAUCACCAGUUUAUAAGUCACCCUACAACUCCCUUUCACCUGUUUACAAGUCUCCAUUUUAUUCACCAUCCCCUGCUUACAAGUCUCCCUACUACCCAUCGUCUACUUUGUAUGAGGCUCCUUAUUACUCUCCCUCACCUAUUUACAAGAAACCAGUAUACACUCCAUCGCCAACCUACACUCCAUCGUCAUUUUAUGACAAAAAGAAUGUAUAUACUCCUUCUCCAACAUAUUCACCAUCACCUGUAUAUAAAAAAUCAAUUCACACUCCAUCGUUAGUUGUCUCGCCAUCUUACUAUCAAAAGCCUGCGUACGCCCCAUCAGCAACAUAUUCACCAUCUCCAGUUUACAAAUCUCCUUAUUAUACCCCAUUUUCUUAUGAGUCUCCUUACUACUCUCCAUCUUAUGUCUACAAGAAACCAUUAUACACUCCUUCAUCAUCUUACAUUCCUUCGAACUAUGUAAAACAUGCCAACACCGCAUCACCAACAUAUUCACCAUCCCCUGAUUACAAGUCUCUAUAUUAUUCCCCAUCCUCUUCUUAUGUGUCACCUUACUACUCCCCAUCUCCUGUCUACAAGAAACCAUUAUACACUAUUUCACCAUCUUACAUUCCAUCUAACAAUGAUAAACCAAUAUACACCCCAUCACCAACAUAUUCUCCAUCUCCUAUUUACAAAUCUCGUUAUUACUCUCCAUCCCCUUCGCAUGAAUCCACAUACUACUCGCCAUCAACUAUAUACAAAAAGUCAAUUUACACUCCUUCACCAUAUUUCUAUGAAACUCAAUCUACACACCAUCACCAAAUUAUUCACCAUUUCCUAUUGACCAUUUUUCAACUUAUAGUCCAUCUACUGAGUACAAGCCUUCUGUUGAAGCCAAAAUUACAUCUAACUACUAAUUUAAGCAUGAGAUAA